AUCCUGUUGCAGCCCAGUUAUUGGAUGCUCUUCUGGGACGAACAAAGGACAAGUAGGCCAUGGAUUGGAUCGUCGGCGGGAAGUACAAGCUAGGGCGCAAGAUUGGGAGCGGAUCCUUCGGAGAGAUCUUUCUCGCGACGCACGUUGACACGUUUGAGAUCGUCGCGGUUAAGAUCGAGAACAGCAAGACCAAGCAUCCACAGUUGCUUUACGAGGCCAAGCUGUAUGGCAUUCAUCAGGGAGGAAGUAUGUCAACCAAGCCAUAUGGUUCACAUUUGGUCUUCGAAAAAGUCUAAGUCCUACAUUUCCCU